CGACGAGUUUAAUCCGAAAUUGUACCGUGCGCUACGCUGAUCGUCGUGAUCCCACGUGGCGGGAGAUUUUAUUGUGCAUUAGCUCAUCGGCAGUUUCUCGGCGAGUCGAGUCGUCGGUAUUUGCACAUUUUUGAAAUGAUGGAUUUUUAACCCUGUGUCUCUCUCAUUCAUAGAGCUCAACUAAAUACGAAAUGGCCGCCAAAAUGCCUAGUCUGGCUCAGGCUACAAAAUGGCUGUUACGGCCCUCAAGAAUUCAGAAUUUCAAGCCCGUGUCCUUGCCCGCUGUCCUGGAGUCUUGUCUUCACCAACAUGGCCCCUCUCGCUCAGCCGUGGUCCAUGAACAAGCACUCCCUCAAACACAGACACCAGUACCACCGGUAGAGGGAUCCCCAUUCUUCACGCAAUCACAGACCAACUCGUCGCCGAUUCAAGCAGUAAUCCAAGAUGACACCACCAGUCUGGACGCCGUCAUCUCCCAGUUACCCCUCGUCCAAUCUCUCCGCCAGUCGCGAAAGGCAUACAAGGAAUCCCGCCCACAUCUCGCGAUCCCACCAGCCAUUCGACAGCAUCACUUCGUUGGGGGUAGUCUAGCAGGCAGUGGUAAACUCGCCCUGGCCCCUUAUAUGUGGACAUCCUCCCAGAAAACGAAGACCGAAUCUGGAAAAGCCGCGCACGUCAGCAGUGUCAUCUCGGUGUUCCACAUUGGCCGUGAUCUCUGUGGUCAUCCGGGCUUCGUCCAUGGCGGUUUACUUUCGGUGCUGUUUGAUGAGGUCUUUGCUAGAUGUGUUUCGGCUGCGUUCCCGAGCGGAUUGGGCAUGACGGCGAAUUUGAAUGUUGAUUUCCGAAAGCCUGCGCUGCCGGAUCGUCUGUAUGUGUUGCGUGCGGAGACUACCAAGGUUGAGGGGAGGAAGGCUUGGGUUGAGGGCAAGAUGACUUAUCUUCCGUUGCCGUUGUCUACGCCGCUUGAUGCGAAGAACUUGGUACCGGAUGUCGAAUUGUUGAGUGAGGACAAUGAAGGCGCCGUGAGGGUUUCCGAGGCGAGAGCCUUGUUUGUGGAGCCUAAAUUUGCCGAUUCGAUGGUGUCGGUUUACAGGACCUGAUCCAGGUCAACUGCCAGAUAGAGGCUAGACGAUCAGACCCCCAUAUUCAUAGACUAACUAUUUAAUGAUAGACUUGUACAGAG